AAGUAGAAUAGGUACGCCCCUGACGCGUGCCCUUGCUUUCUUCCCUGUUUUGCGUAGGCUUUAGCUUGAGAACAAGAGGCACGUAGCCCCUUGCGAGGGUUCAGGGCGAGUUUGCUUGAAAGAAUCAACAAAAUCGAUCCCCCCCAGGCCACUACUCGGCCGCUCAAGCAACCUUGACCUCUCGCUCACUCUUCCAAGCAACCAAUGCAGUUAUCCUAAGCUCCCAGCUGCUGCUGCUGCUGCUUCCAUGUCCUCGCCGUCUCUCCUCGCUCCCUCACCAUCGUUGUGGCUUCUGUUUUCUGUCUACGCGCGUCCAGCGAUGCCGUCGUCGUGCGUGGGCGAGACCGGCCUGGUGGCCAUGGACUGCCUGGUGGUGUGCUGCUGCUGCCCGUGCCUGGUGCUGCAGGUCACCGUCUUCCUCUUCGUCCGGCUACCCAGGAAGGUGGUCGUGAAGACCAAGAGGGUCAUCCUGAGGCGGUGGCACAGGAGAAGGCCACCGGCGCCGUCAAGCGCAGCCGGGCUGAAGCUGGCCGCCCUGCUGGACCUGGACGACGACGGCUUUGAGGCCGCGUUCGGCAUGGGAGAGAAAGAGAGGUGCAGGUGCUUCGCUGUCGGCGGCGACGGCGGCGUCGACGUCGACGUCGACGGCGUGUGGGAGGCGAUCAUUGAGCAGGAAGGGCUCUUCUGGUUCGGGAGCUUUUGGGGCCGGCGUGGGGCGGCUUCUGAAGGCGAUGAUCGGAUGGAUGGGAGCUUCAGGUUGCCUGUGGCGCUAGAGCGGGUACGUGAAUAGGCGGCUAAGGUUUUUCGAUUCACGCAGCGGUGUAAAUACGCGAGGGAUUUGGUAAUUAGCCAAGGGGCUCCCAUUCAGAGUUCCGCUGGUCGUGGUCGGCAUAUAUAUUUAUUUACUCGAUGACUCGAUCAGUCAAAUGCAUGUACAUAAUAGUAUCAACAUGCCAGAAAUAAUGGGGUGUUCACGGCAGAAUGAGCAAUAUCACAUGUAAAUUUAGAUAU